CUGGUUAUUCUCUUUCCCGUCACUCUCUCUCAUUUCCAAAAGCUUUUUUUUUCCUUUCCUCUCACCUAAACAGUGCGGUUCUCUCAUCUCAUCCCCACCGAAUUUGGAUUUUCCAGGUUCAUCUUUUCUCUCUCUCUCUCUCUCUCUCUCUCGAUUUCCUUGUUUCUUAAAUCCUUCUAUUGCGUGUUCUUCUUAGCUCAGUUUUGUCUCAUACUCUUCGUUUCUCUACCAAAAUUUUGGUCCCAUGACUUCUCUGCUCCAUACCUUUUAGCUUCUUCCUUGCUUGUGGAUCAUUUUUCUUUCCUCCUUAUCGCUUUUGAUUGAUUACAGAUUGCUGAAGCUUCGGUUCGGAUAUACUUUGAUUGAUUUUGUAAGGGUACACUGGCGUUGCUUUGAAUUGCUUGGUGGGAGGGGAGGAAUCUGUUGCUUCGUUAAAUGCUAUAUAAUAUACCGGUUUAUUUGGUUUUGUUGGUAAUAGGGUUAGAGUUGAAAUUAGGGUUAGGGGCUUAGAUUUUCGGGAUCGAAAUGCCUCUGGUGGAGGCAAUGGUUGCGGAUCCUGUUGAUGGUAUACAGUAUUCGUUUGCUAAGGAAUAUAAAGGUCCACCGGUACCGUAUGAUCUUCCUCAGGCUCUUCCGAUCAACGUGGAGCGGAUUCCGGUGGCUGCUGUUGUAGCUGAGGUUCCGUUUACUCAUAAAAUGUCUUUGCCGGUUGUUCAACCGAUUUUAGCGCAGGAUGUUAUGAGUAAAAAGUUCUCUAAGGAGUUGGAGCCUGCUGUAGGGAAGUCUGUGGUUUCUCCUACAUCUGUUAUCGCCUUUGAUCAGAGUACAGAGGAUAGUCGCAGGUGUCUGUCGAAAGAAUCAGAUUCUGGUUCUGAAAGAACUGUGUCUCCAACUUCGGUUAUUGCAUUUGAGGACAGAGUAGUGGGUAAUCAUGGGUGUCAAUUGUCUGGUGACUUGAGUAGUUCAGGUGCUUUGGAGUUUUCAAAUGGGCAAAUUGUUUCUGGCGAAUUGUCAGAUGUUGGCAACUGCUCGAGGGCUUUUGCCUGCUCAUCGAUUAGUCAUGGAAAUUCUUGUGAGUUAUUAGGUGACGCUGGGAGCUCUUGCACGAUGGAGUUUUCUGGAAGCUUUAAUAAAUCACAGCGAAGCUCAUGUUCUUUGAGAGCUUCAAAUUGUCGGAAGGAAAGCAUAGAUUUCAAUGAUAUCCAUCAAGUUGACUGGGUCUCUACAGAAUCAGUGCUGAGUUCAGACUAUCCGUCUUCCCGGGUUUCAUCUAUGAAAGUUGUAAAUGAGGGAGGUGGUGAUGGUAGGCGGUCAGCUGUAACAUUUCUUGACCCUGAGUCUGAUUAUACAUAUAAUGAAGAGUAUAGUCAGGAUGGGCCAGAAACUCUGCGAAUGAGACAAGAUUCGCUAAGAAAAGGAAAGAAAGGAUCUUGUUACCGAUGCGGCAAGGGGAACCGGUUUACUGAAAAAGAGGUCUGCAUCGUCUGUGAUGCUAAGUAUUGUAGCAACUGCGUACUUAGAGCUAUGGGUUCAAUGCCUGAAGGUCGCAAAUGUGUUACUUGCAUAGGUUUUCCUAUUGAUGAGUCUAAGCGAGGAAAUUUGGGAAAAUGUCCCAGAAUGCUUAAAAGACUACUGAAUGACUUGGAGAUUCGACAGGUUAUGACGGCUGAGAAGUGUUGUGAGGCGAAUCAGCUGCCACCAGAGUACGUUUGUGUGAAUGGGGAACCUUUAUCUUUCGAGGAGCUUUCAAUGCUACAGACCUGCCCCAAUCCACCAAAGAAGCUAAAACCAGGAAAUUAUUGGUACGACAAAGUUUCUGGUCUUUGGGGAAAGGAAGGACAGAAACCUUCAAAGAUUAUUACACCUCAUCUCAACAUUGGUGGGCCUAUUAAGGCCGAUGCUAGCAAUGGAAAUACAAAGAUUUUUAUAAAUGGCCGAGAAAUUACAAAAGUAGAGCUCCGGAUGCUGCAGUUGGCUGGAGUUCAAUGUGCUGGCAAUCCACACUUUUGGGUCAAUGAGGAUGGAUCAUACCAGGAGGAGGGUCAGAAGAACACCAAAGGGUACAUAUGGGGGAAGGCUGGAACGAAGCUUGUCUGUGCUUUGUUAUCACUACCGGUUCCUUCUAAAUCUUCAAAUUAUUCUGGGGAACCAGACAGCAGCCUUGUUUACAGAACUUUUCCUGAGUACCUUGGUCUUCAAAAACUGCUUUUAGUUGGUUAUGAUGGAUCUGGAACAAGUACUAUAUUCAAGCAGGCCAAAAUUCUAUAUAAGGAUGCACCUUUCUCUAAAGAGGAGCGUGAAAUUAUUAAGUUGAAGAUCCAGAGCAAUGUGUACGGAUAUCUUGGUAUAAUUCUUGAAGGCCGUGAGCGAUUUGAGGAAGACAGUUCGGCUGAAAUAAGGAAAAAACUUUCAGAUGAAGUUGACCCUGCUGGGAGCUCGAGUGUUGAUUCUGACAAAAGCAUGUACUCAAUUGGGCCAAGAUUGAAAGCAUUCUCCGAUUGGCUUCUCAAGACUAUGGUAUCAGGAACUUUGGAGACUAUUUUUCCUGCAGCUACUCGAGAAUAUGCGCCAUUGGUUGAAGAGCUGUGGAAUGAUGCUGCUAUUCAGGCUACCUACAAACGAGGAAGUGAAUUGGAAAUGCUGCCAAACGUUGCUCAUUAUUUCCUAGAAAGAGUAGUGGACAUAUUGACAACCGAUUAUGAACCUUCGGAUUCAGAUAUCCUAUAUGCAGAGGGUCUUAUUUCAUCCAAUGGGCUUGCUUGCGUAGAUUUUUCAUUUCCACAACCUGCACCUGAUGAUGAUAUAGACACUGCCGAUCAGCACAGCUCAUUGCUUAGGUAUCAACUUAUUAGAGCCCAUGCAAGAGGAAUUGGUGAAAAUUGCAAGUGGCUGGAGAUGUUCGAGGACAUUGGGAUUGUUAUUUUUUGUGUCUCUCUAAGUGACUACGAUCAGUUUUCCAUCGACGGAAAUGGAGAUACUGUGAAUAAGAUGUUACUUAGCAGAAAAUUCUUUGAAAGCCUGGUUACUCAUCCGACCUUCUAUCAAAUGGACUUCCUUGUAUUACUGAACAAAUAUGAUCAGUUUGAAGAGAAGGUUGAACGGGUACCAUUAACUCGGUGCGAGUGGUUCAAUGAUUUCCAUCCAAUGAUCAGUCGCAACCGCUCUAACAGCCAAAACAAUAUUAAUAGCAGCCCCUCUCUAGGGCAACUCGGUUUCCACUACAUUGCAGUAAAAUUCAAACGACUCUUCACCUCAUUAACUGGGCGGAAGUUGUAUGUUUCACCCGUGAAGGGUUUAGAGCCGCAUAGUGUUGAUGCAGCUCUUAAAUAUGCAAGGGAGAUAAUGAAGUGGGAUGAAGAAAGAACCAACUUUAGCUUGAGUGAGUACUCAGUCUAUAGCACAGAGGAAAGCUCUUUUUCUCACUAAUGCUUUAGAUCAUAGGUGGCGUGUAGAGUGGGUACAAAUGCAAUACCAAUACUAAUUUAUGUUGUUGUACAUAUGAUAGCUUUGUAAAUGAACAAGAUAAGUCUGUUCCUUCCAUAUGUAAUUGCAGCUGUAAGUUUUGCAAAAUACCAUUUUGGUAGUAAUGGCAGGGAAUUAGUGUUCAAUUUUCAA